CAACAAAGAGCGUAAUCGGACCAACUCUACGGUGACAGUUACUGCAGUACACCGCUCUGUGAAUCACGACCAGCGAUUCUCCAGGAAAAAAAGAAAAAUUGCAAGGAAAAAAACAUCGAAACUAGUCGGUAUGGUCAUGGCAGAUAAAAAUUCAGAAGAACUUCGAAAUGGACGGCGUUCAAGAGGCGCAAGUCCUCGCUCAGAAGAUAGCAGUGGUGGCGAGGACUCGGAUCAGGAUGGCGGAAUGAGGGUUGGGGAUGACUAUCAAGCAGAAAUACCGCCGUUCAAUCCAGAUCAGAAAAUUGAAGGUGGUGUUGAUGCUAUGCUUGUUUGGGCACCCAACAAUGAAAUGUCAGAUGCUAAAGUGGAUGAAUACAUCAACAUUGCCAAAGAAAAGCAUGGAUAUAACACAGAACAGGCACUGGGUAUGCUGUUCUGGCACAAACACAACAUUGAACGCGCGCUGGCUGAUCUUGCCAACUUCACACCUUUCCCCGAUGAAUGGACGGUGGAGGAUAAAGUAUUAUUUGAGCAGGCUUUUAGCUUUCAUGGAAAAUCAUUUCAUCGCAUUAGACAGAUGCUUCCUGACAAAUCAAUAUCCAGUUUGGUGAAGUAUUUUUAUUCUUGGAAGAAGACACGAUCUCGUACAAGUCUAAUGGAUCGACAUGCGAAGAAAAGAGCCACACACCGCCUAGACAGGUGCUCUACACUGCUAGAUAUUUGCAGAGAUAACUUUGCCUGUGAGGGGGGAUCUGACCAAGGCAGCAGCAACUCAGAUGAAGAUGCAGAAGUGAAAGAUAAAGAAGAAAAGAAUCAAUGUACAAAUUGUGGCCUGAGCACAACACAGCUACACGUCUCAGCCAAGGGAUCUUUAUGUAGUAGCUGUUAUCAGUACUGGAGGAGAACAGGUGAGAUGAGGUCUGCUGGACCUAAGCGCCACGAGUCACAGCAAGCAGGUCGUCACAACCCCAUGAAACACAAGCGCAGGCCUCCAAAAGGCAUGUACCUGGACCAAGAGGAUCUCAUGGCCAUGGUCUCGGGUCCACCUGGUCAGGCAGAGGCAAUACUUAAGGCUUUGGACAGUGAAAUCGUAUCCCUCAAACGACAGGUACAAAACAACAAACAACUCCUCAGUCUACAGAAGCACAAACUGGGAAAUGGUGUUGACAGCUUCAAACCUCCUGAGCCACCUCUUAGAAUCAACUCAAGAUGGACAAAUGAAGAACUCCUACUGGCUGUCCAAGGAGUACGCAAAUAUGGCAAGGAUUUUCAGGCCAUUGCUGAAGUGAUUGGAAACAAGUUGGAGCCCCAUGUGCGCAGCUUUUUCGUCAACUUCCGGCGUCGCUACAAUUUGGAUGAAGUUCUUGCAGAAUAUGAGGCUGAACAUGGAACACAGAUGCAGCCUGACGAGGAAGCAGUGAUUGCAGAAAUGGGAGAUAAUGCUUCUGGCAGAGAAGCCAAGCCAUCAGAGUUGGAGAAAGCUGAAGGUGGAGAAACUGCCGAUACAGAAAAAAUGGCCUCACAAACACAGACUAAUGGGUCUUCAGUGACCAGCACCGCAGUUGUGUCGGCACCACCCCCUCUCCUCAAACAGCCACCUACUGCUCUGUCAGGUGGACGGUCAGGAACAACUCCUCAUGCCAGCAGACUACUUCCUCAGAAGACCAUUCUACAACAGCCCCCACCUCUGAUCAAGCCAGCUUCCUCUCCCUCCGCAGCUCAGAGUGUUGUCAAGGUGCCCAUCACAAAGGAUGCCAAGGAAUGACCAAAUAUCUUAUUCCAUAUUGCAGGCAAUCCACAACCUUUAUUUGCUCUAUUUAUGUUGCAAGAGCAAAGUAGGAAAAGCCAAGGAGGAGAAAAGUUUGAACUGAAAAAGUCUGCCUACAGAAAUCAGGGACAAUAAUCUGUUCAUUAUAAUUAUCAUCACGGUGAUAGCCCUGACUCAGCUGAUACCCACUUUAUAAUGAACCGUUUGUGGGGUUUAGGGAAAAAUGAAACAGAAUGUUCAAUGGAUGUACAAAACAUUUGUUUCUUCCGUGCAUAGAACAAGUACAGUUAAAAACAAACCAAAUUCCAUCCAUGGUGCUCCUUUACCAUGCAGAUUCAUCAGAAAUUGUUUCUGGCUUUGUUAAUGUGCCCUGUGGAAAUUUUAGUGCGUGUUCUAAUGCAUCUGACACCAAAUUCAUGGUGAUGACUCCAUCAUACAAGGACAAUUUGUCACCAGCGAAGAUGUUAUUUAUACCAUGACAGAAUGUGUCUUGUAUUUGUUCACACGAAUGAAGAUGUUGGGUGGUAAAUCUGACAAUGUAGAAAACACUUGGUGUGAAGCUAAUGAAACUGGAUAGUAAAUCAUUUUACUUUCAAUAGUAAUUAGCUUCGUUUUAAAACAGCUGUUGGUGCUAACAGCUCUGGAAACAUCAUUCCACUUGCGGAUUAUUUUAUACAGCUCUACAAAAAAAGAAAACUUCAGCAUCUUGGAUAGAAAUGGGAAUGCAUGUGAUUUUGUCAUCGUUUGCCUCAUGACACUAUUGACUGCCUACUUGCUAAUUAUUUAUGAUCCAUUUGUAUCAGGAGUGUUAGCUUUUAAACACCAUGUAACAAAGCAAUUUUUUGGUUGCUGUUUCGGCGGGAAGGGGAGUGGACACCUUGUAUUGAUGUAUGAUUUGCUUUAAUGUAUUGUUAGCAAUAUGUUAGUUUGGUGCAGGCUUGUCCUGGACAGAUUGUGUUCAAAGAUGCUUGAGAGAUGUCAAAUAAAACUGAGCUAGUUGUAA